UUGGAUGUGAAGACAAGAUGGAAAGAAACGAGCCAUGUAAUACUACGUCCCCAAAGAGACGGAAAUAUCCGAAUAGAAAGACAGAGGAACAAUUGGAUAACGAAAUUAAGCAAUUGAACAACAAUAGUUCGAGAGUUCCUGCUACAUUUCAAGUGGAUAAUGAUUUCCAUCAAGUGAAUAACUGCGAGAUGGAUAGUAGCUUCCUGACAUCCUCUCCAGAUGAAUGCUCAAAUAGGGACAAGUCCAUACGUUUAUUUGAUCGGAUAGGAGAAUGUUCUUUAAUGAGAUAUGUUGACCGAUAUUUGAAUAAGCGUUGCUCAGAGUUGACUAAUGUUCCUCGGCAGAAUCUCGUUCAUAUGGCGGAGGAGCACUUUCAAAGUAUGCAUUUGUCACCUUCUGAAGAAGCAGAAACUUUGUUGAAGUUUCUUCAAGUAGUUUGCUGUGAUAACAAAUUAUCAUGUGAAGACUUUUAGUCGUAUAUCUUAUUGUUUGAAAUAGAA